AUGGACAAUCGAAGGUCACUGGGUGAUGGAGAAGACACGGCCUCUGCUGAGGCCUCAGAUAUGGACCUCGAGCAUGUUGGAGAAACCACAGAAAGCAGCCAGAGCGACUCCACAGCAGAGACUAGCGUUCACUCACUGGAGCGCACAGAACACAACACAAUACAGAUGGACAUGGACAGUCUGGGACAGCUUUUCGAGCUCAGCAUCCGGCGAGUGUCCCGCCUGGAGAAGCAGAGAGACGAGCUGAUCCAGGAGCUGCUCUGCCUGCAGGAGCCGUGGCUGCAGAUUGUGCAGCACCUGAGGGGGAAGUUGUCGAUGGCACGCAGGCAGCUGUCUUUAGUCCAGCUGGACUUCAUAGCUGUUCACGAGGAAGCGCAGCAGGUGAAGAGGAAGCUGUUUGCCACAGCCAGAGGCUGCAUCCAGAGCCAGGUGGCUCUGGCGGCACAGGAGUACGAGGUGUCGCAGUCUGCCGUCACACAGGAGGAGCUGAAGACUCGGAUCCAAAGUCUGUCACAGGAGCUGUCCGACCUGCAGGAAGUCCACCAGACCCGGCUGAAGACCCUCAGGGACCAGGCCUCGGGGCCCCGCAGGCCCAGGGCCAUGAGUGACGUGGGCCUGUGCCGCCAGGCCUCCCUCAAGCUGCAGCGGCGGCUGAGCUGCAGCGUGACGGCCCUGGAGGCCUGGUACGAGCCCCGCCUCACGGCCCUGCUCAGGAGACGGCAGGCCGGCGAGGAGGCCCUGAGGAAGAGCAGGGAACAGUCGGGCGACCUGAGGGUCCGUCUGGGGCCCCUGAGAGAGGAAAUGCAGAGACUCGGGGUGCAGAGAGCCUGUCUGGAACAGAGGAUCUCUCUCCUGGAGGCAGAGCGACGGGAGAGCAUCCAGCAACACCAGGAGACUGUAGAUAAAUAUAAAGAGACUUUGAGAGCGCUCCAGCUGGAGUUCGAUGUCCAAAGAAAAUCCAAAGAAGACUUGGAGGAUCUUAAGAACGGCCUUUCAGCAGAGCUGGCCUUCCUGAGAGGCUGCGAUGAAUCCAGGCAGGCCAUACCAGAGGAUCAACGAUGAGAAAGAUCAUCACUUCUUAAACCAGGAAAUCACACCGGAAAUC